AUGCGUUAUUCUAUCUCUUGUAGUCCUUAUUCCAUUUCCACGUCUACACACAGCGUCAGUAAUCACAGCAGCAACAGUAGCAGCCACGAAUACAUCUUUGAGGCAUUUCCACAGCAAUUCACAGCCCAAGAAUUGAAUGAUCUUGAGUCAGAGAUGAAGGAUUCGCAUGAGGACAAGUAUCAGGUUUCACAAGGCUCCAGUGUAGUUGCUGUAACCAUUGUUCCAUCAACUUCAGCACUCUGUCGCUUUUUUGUAUUAGGUAAAUGCCGUUAUGGUAGUCGUUGUACCUUUUCACAUACACUUCCAGCCCAUGUGAGCGAGUGUACUGCUGAUGAAACGGUGAACCUUUCAGCAGCAGCGGCACUUGUUGACUGCCCCUUUUUCCUACGUGGUAAUUGCAAAUUUGGUGAUCAUUGCCGCCUACGACAUAAUUCAAUGCUAUUGUCGGAGGCAUCCGUUGCAACUGCAGCUACGACUCUCUCAGUACCAAGAACGACACGGAGUGCGACGUGUAUUGACAAUCAACGGGAUUUGUCAUGUGGUAUUUGCUUUGACGAUAUUGUUCAGUCUGGCAAAUACUUUGGACUCUUGAGCUGUGAUCACUGUUUUUGUCUCGAUUGCUUGCGUUCGUGGCGGCAGUCAAAGGAUAUGGACCUUGUUCGAGCAUGUCCAGCUUGCCGCCUUCCCAGUGACUAUAUCGUACCAUCUCUUUUAUUCUGCAUUGGUGACGAGAAACGCAAGGUUGUUGAGGCGUACAAGAGUCAUUUAGCUCUACGUGAGUGCAAAUACUUCAAUGGUCUCUUUGGUAGCUGUCCAUUUGGUCCCCGUUGCUUCUACGCGCAUCGUGACGGUAUAGGUCGUGAUGUGAAGCAUUUGGAUCGUCCUAAACGAGUGACGAAGCCACGGCGAGGUCGAAAUGGACUACCCGAUGGUGAUUCGACGCUGCAGUCAUUGCUCCAGCAAUACAAUCAUCUAUUUCGCUUUUUUGAAGCUGAGGACUGGGACGACUUUGAUUUGGUCGGUGACACGAACGACUCGGAUGAUUCGGAUGAGGAUUACAUUGAGAACUGGGUACGAAGUUACGAUUAUGACACAGAAUAG